GCGAGCAGAGUCCCCCAUCGAGCGUUGUGCUAACGGUGGCGACUGGAUAAUAUCGGAGAGCAACAACGGAACAAAAAGUUAUGAACACUGUCAAAGUAUUGUUUCACGAUGAAGUUUCGACUCGAGGAGGCUCACCGGCCGGGAGACGCUACAGUAUUUAACUAUUCUCCCCGUUGACAACCUGACAUCGACAUGGACAUCGGAUUCAAGGUGCUACUGCUGUGCGGGGCUGUGAGCUGUUCUUUCCGGACGGCCCCUCCCGACAUAAACCCCUCAGCACUAGCCGAUGAUGAUUCCCUGGAUUUCUACAUAACUGGACCCGAACGAUACGUGGCUUUAUCUACUGACAUGACCGUCUUCUUCACCGUUCCUCACAACAACACCGACGCACUAUUGGCUCGGGUCGUGGACAAGAGUGGCAAGACAUCAACAACGUCAAUUCCGCCGUCCACGCCAUCCGGGAGCGUCAUCAUACCGUGCGGCAUGAUCCACCGUGCCGGGAACUACACCCUCGAGCUGAUUUCACGUUCGAACGAAACAGUUCUUGCUCGGUCGAGAUACGACACGGUUGUAGAGUGGCCCUCGGUCGUAGUCCACGUUCCCCUUCUCAUCGAGACUCAUUCCUCGGAUGCCGCGGUAACUUUCGAGCUUCCCGACAAGAAGUGCCCGCCCUUCCACAGAGAAACCUACACGUUCCAAGUCGAUCUUCUCUACCUCGGAGACGGAGGCAACUCUAGUUGGCUACACGAGAUCUAUUUGGAGUCGAAACGAGUUUUCUCGUGGCGCGAAAUCGAAGAACAAGAGGUUACAUUCUCGUGCGAAAAUUUCGACAGACCCGGGUUCUAUCAGGUAUCGCUCCGUUGCGAAGAUUGUGAGCAAGGACUCGCGGCAAUCGCCAAGAGUCAACCGAUCCAAGCCGCGUGGAGCGGAAAGUACAGAAUCAAUGUCGCUCAACAAUUCAUCGGCACCUGCUUCCACGGAAUCAACAUUGCAUAUCACUUCCCACCGUGUACGGGGAACCAAGAUCGACUCCGAGUCUACGGAAUAAACGAAGAGAACCCUGAGGGGAAAUACCUUCUGGAGAAACGUCUCUCCAGGGAUCGGCACGCCAUUGUUCUCAGUUGUCAUCAUUUCGAUGGACCCUACGACAAGUUCUGCUUCCAUUAUGUCACAUUUGCGAAAAACAGGGCCGUGAACUCCGUUGAUGUGCAUUGCCGGGCAGUGCGAGACGACUCGUCUGAAUUCGGAAUGUGGGAUGAGUGGUCGUCUUGGACUUUCUGCACUGGGAACUGUGGUCGCGGUACUCAAAUGAGGCAUCGCGAUUGCUCCAGGAAGAAGUGCAAAGGCGAGCAGGUAGAGUCUAGGGAAUGCGAUCUGCCUGAGAAGUGUCCGAGUACAACUGCCAUGCCACCUGAUAUCAAUUUGAACCAGGUGGCCACCUAUUGCUCGUGUGGAUGCGUCCUCGGGGUGUUCAAGAACACGACAGUGUAUUUCAGAGCGAGCGAGUGCGCCCAAAGCGGGAGCCAUACCUCAUGGCUAUUGAGACCUGUUUUCCACAACGCCUCGUCAAUCAUCGUUCGGUUGACCUCGGCAAGAUUGGCUGACCGUGACAGCUUCUACAUUGUUGUGAGGGACGGGAUCGAACCCGAUGGAACCAUGUUGGCCAUGAUCACGGGAGGCGAAGAGCGAAAGUUGCCGUUGGAGCUACGUUCCAUCUCCGGCCCUAUCCGCGUUGACUUUAUUCAGCGAACUGCUGAAGUUUCCCCAGACGUUGAUUUUCUCAUGAGUUUCUACGAAGAGCUACAACCGCGCAAAAUCAGUGCACUGGCGCAGAUAGGAUUGUUGUACAAAAUCAGCCGAUUGCCUUAUCUUCAUCUAGUCGCACUCUUGGUAGUGGGAUCGGUCCUCAUUGUGACUGCAACGUUGUGUCUCGUGCACCGAGUGGCUCUAGGGAGAGCCAUCUCGAAACAGAGAAGACCUUCAGUCUUCUCGAUCCCCCCGACAAGUGCUGAGGGUCAAGGACCAACGGAUCUUCUCCUGUCGAGAGACUCAUUGGAGACGGUCCUGUCGCCUAGUCCUUCGCCCUCACCCACUCCCACCGUGAUUUCUGUUCCUUCGAGAGCAACGACGACACCGAUAACCGCAAACGCCGACGCAAUAUACUCCUCGACAGGGUCACCGCUGAGAACUAAUAAGAAGACUUCAGUUCUUGCAUCGCUCGAAAGCCUCGCCGAUGUGAACAAUUUAGUUCGGAAGAAGCUACGUAAGAAAAAUCCGUCGAAACUUCAAAGACACUCCGUCAUGUGCACGAGCUCGGAGUUCGGCUCGACCAGCGGGACAGAUGGCUUCGAAUUCGAUGCCUAUGAUUACGGAUGCGAAGACAUUCCGAACUCAUUUUUCAAUUCUACGACUGUUGUCCUUCCCCCGUUUUUAUCGGAGAAAGAUCUCCGCAUGUUCAGACUCCCACCUUCGACCGUUGAGAAUAUAGAAGUUCAAGAUCUCACCGACUCGGCGGAAACGUUAGCGCCCCUGGACGAAGAAGAAUCGGCUGCGACGUGAAGCUCGAGGUACCUAGCUUUCAUCUGGCUCUAUUCCGACGACAAGCAUACAAACGGAUCUCAUUCUCCCUUCGUUCCUGAAUCAAACCGGGCGAUGUCAAGCAGGAUUCCCCCCGUCGCACAAGAGGCCAUUUCAAACAGCCCAAUCAAAGCAAGGAC